AUUUCGCACAGGAGUAACUGAUGGGAGAGAAACGUCAAAGCGUAUCGCAUUAUAACUCGGAAAGAAACUCGUUCAAGGGCUCAGAUGGAGCAUUCAAAACCUCUCACACACUCUUCUACCAUAACAAGGAUCACAGCAACACGGCUAUACACUUUACCUAAUCCAGUGUAUGCAAUGAGGAUUCAUGAGCAGGAUCAGUGCAGGAUGGAGCAGGUACCUGAUGAUGCUGUGGGAAGGCGGGUGUUGUGCGAUGGAGAGCGGGGCACUGUGAGAUACGUCGGCACCGUUCCACCUACUAAAGGAUUGUGGUAUGGUGUGGAGUGGGACAAUCCAGAAAGAGGCAAACAUGAUGGAAGCCAUGAAGGAGUUCGCUACUUCACAUGCAGUCACCCAACAAGAGGUUCAUUUGUGCGACCUAAAAAAGUCAGCUUUGGCGUGGACUUCCUGUCAGCAGUAAAGCAGCGCUAUGAGAUGGAGCUGGAUCAGGCCAUUGGUAAUAAUAUAACGAUUUCCACCAGAACUGUGAAGAUGGUCGGCUUUGAGUCCAUUGUGGAGAAACAGCGGGUGGAGAAUCUAACAGAGAUCGCUCUCAUAGACUGUGAAGUGUCGGGUCCAGGUCCUGAAAAUGAAAUCAGGAAAAAUACACCUAAUGCAGUUUCUUUGAAUCUUUCUGGAAAUCUGCUGAGCUCAUGGGAGGUUGUGGCAACAAUUACAGAGCAGCUGGAGGAACUGCAGGUACUCUGCCUCAGCCACAAUCGUCUACAGAUUUUUUCAAACCCAUCCAACCUGAACCACGCCUUCUCCCAUCUAAGAGUCCUGAUGCUUAACAGCUGUGCUAUCACCUGGUCUCAGGUGCUCCAGUGCGCUCCCAUGUGGCCACAAAUAGAAGAACUUUUUCUCAACGAUAAUAAUAUAACUGAACUAGAAAGGCCUAUAGAUGUUCUGCAAGGUCUGAAGACUCUUGACUUGUCCAACAACAGAUUAAUAGAGGAAAGUGUACUACAGUUAUCACAUCUAUCCAGGUUGGAGACACUGAACCUUUGCAACACAGGACUGUCUUCUAUUCAGUUCAGUGACACACAGCCAGGCAUGAAGACUUCAGCGUUCCCCGCACUGAAGAUUCUUUUGCUUGAUGAUAAUAACAUUUCUGAGUGGGCUCUUAUUAAUGAGCUGGAGAAGUUGAGGGCUUUGGCGCAGUUGUCCUGCAAUCGAAACCCCUUGUUAGAUUUGGAGAAGAACCGCGAGACGACUCGGCAGCUCAUCAUCGCCAGCAUCAGUCAGCUGGAGAUACUCAACCGGAGUCAGGUGCUGCCGCAGGAGAGAAGAGGUGCUGAGCUGGAUUACUGUAAGAAGUUUGGUCGUGUUUGGCUGCAGUCAGGAGGCCACAGGGAUCCACAACUGAACCGACCCAGCGCAGAGUUUAUAGCACAGCACCCUCGCUACCUCAUGCUUAUCCAGAAAUACGGUGCACCUGAGGAGGAAGAGCUAAAGGAGCAGAAACCUUUUGCUCUAAAAGACCAACUGCUGACGAUUACAUUCGAGUGUCCUGAGGACACAGACAGGAAGCCCAUACAGAAAAAGCUUCCAGGUUCAAUGAUAGUUCAGAAAGUGAAGGGACUGCUGUAUAGAUUACUGAAACUACCAGGUGCUGAGCUACAUCUCACCUACACCAGCUCGAAGAUGGAAGGUCAAGAGAUCACUAUCAACAAUGACUUGAAGCCACUGCAGUUUUAUUCUAUUGAAGAUGGGGACAGAAUUCUUGUGCGCUGGUCCUGAGGACACACUUGAAAUCUCUAGGUGAUGUUAUUCACCUGCCAUAACAGAACACUAAUAUAGAACACUGCAUAGCGUGAGCUUCUCCCAUUCUGUUUCUUUUCGCAAUGUCUGGUCACACGCUGAUGCUGCAAGGUCUGCUGUGGGACAGACAGAAAGUAAGUUAUGAAAUUGCCUUUAUUUAGAUCAGGCAGUCAUGUGUGAUAGAGAGGUGUACAGAUUUCUGUUUUUGAUUUCCAUUAGAAAUCCUGAUUUGUUCCCAGCAUUUUACUUCAAACUGCAGAUCUCUGUCCAAUUGUCAACAUCUUUUCCCCGGGAUUACUGCAUACUCAUUAACUCUGACUCCUGCAAUACUCUGUAUUAAUUUUACACAAUAUUGCGCUUCUCUAAAUAGUGCUUUUUUGGUGAAGUGGCAAUUUUUAAUUGAGAAAUUAAAGCUUUGUUCAGUGUUUUAUUUCUGUGCACCAGUGUGUUGAACAGGCACAAUAAUUAUAAAUGUGCUGUACAUGACUCUUUACACUAGAUGGCACUAGCAUUAGCCCUUAGAAAAAAACCGUGAACGUGAAGUAAAAUCAGUAAUAAAGUUUUAGCAGUAUGUGAAUGA